GGAGGAGGAGGAGCGAUGGCGAGAGAGGAGGGAGGAGUGGAGAACAGUAUCAUGAAGGAGGAAGCUGCAGAUAUUGUGGGUCAAUCAGGAGAGGUCAAAGCAAGCGGAGAAACUUCAGCGUUGGAGCUGCCGCAGGGGGCGGAAGGAAAGGAGUCGUCAGCAGGAGAGGAGAUGAUGGCUGCGAGGAAAGAAGGAGAGGGUGAGAGGGAACGAGCGGAGGAUGGCGGGACAGGAGAUGGAUUGAAAGUCUUGGAAGGAUCAGCACAAGAACCCCGACCUUCCUCCGCAGCAGAAAUUCCUCCUCGCCCGCUCAGUCGCGCCCUCUCCUCCCUCAAGUCUCUUCCCCACUCGUCCGCAUCCUCUGACCCUCCGCAAACUUUUGUCGCUGCGCCGCAAGAGAAACAACAGCGUGGAGGAUACGUGAAGCAGUCCCACGAGCAGCUGCUACGAGCUGGGCAGAAACUUCGAGAGAUGCUGGAAGAGUCGAAGAAGAGGCAGCAGGCGAUGUUCGCUGAGAAUGUUGCCCCUCCGCUCCUCCUCCCUCCCAAGAUCCUGGACGUGGACGACAAGAUCGAGCCGGAAAAAGAAGUCCUGGAAGUGCUGGUGGCACGAAAAGAUGUCGAGAGGAAGGCCAUGGCGGAGAAGCUGAAGCAGGAGAUGGAAAAGGCUGAAAGGGAAUACCAGGAAGCGAAGCACGCACAUGCUCCAGCACCCAAGCUAGAGGAUGAGCCGGGGGAGCAGGGGGAGAGAGCGCAGGAGAAACAAGAGGAGGAGGGCAAAGGGAACGGGGAACCUGGGCUAGAGCAGGCUGAGCCCUCCCCGCACAAGUUUCGCUCGCUCUCCGUGUAUGUGGGCACUUGGAACCUGGGGGGAGGCUCCUGCCCCAGCAUGUCGCUGGCCAGUUGGCUGUCACCUGACCAGUUUGACAUCUACGCCAUUGGAGCUCAGGAGCUGGAGGGUCUUCCUGGCCUCUCGACAGCAAGCGAGCGACCGCGAUGGGAGGCGGCGAUGACGAGCCACAUGGGGAAGGAGUAUGAGCUGAUAGCGAAGCACUGCCUAGGAACAACUCACCUCAUGUGCUUCAUCCGCAAAGACCUUCUCCCUCACGUCAGCGACGUCCACCAUGCUCAUGUCAUCACGGGAUUCGGACGAGUCAUCGCCAACAAGUCAGGGAUCGGAAUCUGCUUCGACAUCUUCUCGACGAGCUUCCUCUUCGUCACUGCUCAUUUUGCAGCAGGAAGCAAACCGAAAUCCGUAAAGGCGAGGAACGAGGACUUCUUCCGCAUCGACUCUGGACUUGUGCCGCUCAUGUGCCCCAUCGUUGCUCAUCGACUCAACGAGCUCAAGGACGGCUCAACUACUCACACGGGGCGAUGGAGUGUAUCUAGUCUAUUCGACCGCGUCUUCUGGCUCGGAGAUUUCAACUACAGGGUGCAGGCGACGUACGAGGACGCGAUAGGGAAGCUGGAGCAGGGGAAACGAGCGGCGCUGCUGCUGCUGGAUGAAUUGACUGAAGAACGAGAAAACGCCCGAGUGUUCCCGAGCUUCGAGGAGGCGAGCAUCAGUUUCAACCCAACUUACAAGUUUGAGGCCUGGACGGACCAGUACGAGUCCGUUAAGAAGCGAGUCCCCUCCUGGACUGAUCGCAUCCUCUUCCGAGCAGCUCCAGGACAAGAGGGCUCGAUCGAGGCGAAAGCGUACGGGGCGGCGAGCAGCAUCAUGGCGUCGGAUCACAGGCCCGUCUUCGCUCACUUCCAGGUCUCUACCAAACGAGACGCGUCGACCGCUGGGGAGUCGCGAGGAGCGACGACGAGCGGCAGCGCAGCUUGUGUGAUACUCUAGAUGAUUGUUAGUAUGUCUGUGAACUUAAUCUCCGAG